GUUGGCUGAGAAGCUCUUUUGAAGAUAUCAUUUCGCGCACGUAUAUAAAGAAUGCGAAUUUUGAGAUGUUAUUAUCUCCAGACACUCUUUUGUUAAAGAAACAUAGUUAGCAACAAUUGAUUGUACAAUGGAAAUAAGCUUCUUUACUUUAAGUAUUUUCUGUUUUUCGGGAGUGUACCUUUUGCCGAUAGGUAAAAAUGUUACAAGUUAUGGAGAGGAGAUAACUACAAACCCUACUGAAGGUGAUAUAAAGCUAUUAAAAGAGCAGGUGUCUGCACUUACUCAAACUGUACUUGCAAAUGAAAAGAAAAUAGCAGACCUAACUGUACUAAACGCUGACAAGUUGCUUACACAGCAAGAUCAGACGGAGACAGGUCACGACAUACGGACAUUAAAUUCUGAUGUUAUUGGAUUCACAGCCGUACUAAAAGAACAUGCAAUCGACCUUCCAACAGGGUCGACUAUUGUUUAUGAUAACGUUUACUAUAACGCCGGAAAUGCAUAUGACACAUCUACAGGAGUUUUUACAUGUCCGCGCUCUGGACUGUAUCUUUUCUACAUUAAUGUCGAGCCUUUUGACGAAAGCCUUCCGGCAGCAAUCGCAAUCUUGAUUAAUGGAUCAUACCGCGUGGAUGCAGUUGCUGAGAGAUAUGAUGUAGGACAUGAUUCUACGGGAGGAAAUAUGAUGGUGGAACACCUUCAAGAAGGGGAUCGAGUUUGGGUAGAGACAUAUGAACAUGAUAAUCAAGACCUUUAUAAGGGAUUCACGUCAUUUUCAGGUGUUCUUAUAAGAAGCACCUAAAUUACUAUGUAAUUUAUAUUUUCUAUUAUUAGGCAUAAAAAAAAAUAUGUUUGUUUCC